UGUAUAAAAAAAAAAAGAAAAACCCAGCAGCCGGGUUCAAUCAUAAUCAGUCCUCAGUGUUCAGAGGCACGAGUGAGUUGGUGUAGGACACAGCUUUCUCUGCUGCUGCGAGACCCGAGGGAUUGAGAAACGAGACUUGAGUAAGAAUGGGUCACGUGAAUCCGGCGGUGGUGGCGGUAGCGGCUCUGGCGACACUGAUGAGCUGUCAGGCUCAGGAGGGCCGAAGCUGCGUGGACGGGAACGGCCAGGCGGGGACCUGCAUUAACAUCCGCUCAUGCCAGCCGCAGCGAGAACUCCUGCAGGCGGUGAAGGAAAACAGAGCACCUCCUAAUGCCAUCCAGAUUCUGCGACAGUCUGUGUGUGAAGUCCUGAGCAGGGAAAGACUACUGGUGUGCUGCGCCCAGAGUACAAGCACAGGGACAACUACAAGUGCAGGUACGGGUAGCGGGCGUGACCUGUUGCCCAGAAAUUGCGGGAGGGUGGACCUGACCGACCGUAUCAUCGAUGGGGAAGACGCUCCGCUGCUCGCCUGGCCUUGGAUGGCACUUCUCAGGGGCACAGCUCGAGGACAGCCGGCUAACUGGUUCUGCGGUGGAGUUCUCAUCAACGAUCGCUACGUGCUCACUGCGGCCCACUGUUUUAAUGACCACCAGUUGGAGUUUGUGAGGCUGGGCGAACACACACUCUCCACAACAGAGGACUGCCAGUCAGGCGUGUGUGCCCCGCCGCCCCAGGACAUCACCACGGAGCAGAUCAUCAUUCACCCGCAGUAUAAAUCACCGUGCCGGCAGUGCAACGACAUCGCGCUCCUCAGGCUGUCUAGUCCCGUCCAGCUGCACCCUGUUCACUUGGUGCCCAUCUGCGUCCCUGUCGACCCAGUGAAGGACAUGGGAUUCUCCGAGGCAGACUUCCAGGGAAAGCAUGCCUGGGCCGCCGGCUGGGGCUCCAUCUCCAGGAGUCCCUUGAGGGUGAGUAUCCCUGACACGCUGCAGCAGGUGUUCCUCCCCAUCCGCGAGGACACGGUCUGCCCGCUGCUGAAGAGAGGCUACCCCGAACCCCGCAUGGUGCUGUGUGCUGGAGGGGACGGCAAGGACACGUGCAGAGGAGACUCAGGUGGUCCACUCCAGCUGAGCAACAGGGCUGAAACAAGAAGGUUUGUGGUUGGCAUUACUAGUGUUGGUCCCGAGGUGUGUGGCAGAAAGAGCACCCAGGCACUGUACACCAGUGUCCACUUCUACGUGCAGUGGAUCCUGGAAAACCUACGACCAUGAAGAACCCUAGUGCAAGACUCCACAAAGAUUUGACCGCACUCAACUGGGCCACGUGAGCCUUUCACAUUAUGCGGUUUCUCGUCGCAUCUAAAUACGGUCCCGGACACAACAGUCGACUGAUAAUUUCUAUGUCCCUCAUCACACUGUGCGGCUGCUGGUGAUUGACCGGUCCGGACCCGGAUGCAGUUGCGGCGUCCCACUGGUCUUGUCCGGUCCCGUACCCGUGCGCUGUGGCAGUGGGCUUUAAAUUUAAAUAGAAGUCUUCACACUGCGCGGUUAGUAGCCGCACAGGCACUGUGUGACAAACAUUUCUAUAAAAGAUUUCAAUGUGUGCGGCAGCCGGAUGAUUGUGCGGCAGCAAUCGCAAGCAUUUCCGAUCCGGCAGCCGCGCCAAGACGCGGCGAGAAAUCACAUAAUGUGAAAGAGGCUUCAGAUAUGCAGGACUCUUACAAGCAGCAUCAAUCAGGAGUUUUCUUUCUCACUCUCUCCAGCGUAAACUGUAGUCAUGACAGCACCAGGAAUCAAAUUAAUUUCAUUCAUGAAGACUUAUAUGGGUUUGUAAUAAUAAAUUUAGUUUAUGUGCCAGUG